CCUGCGGGCUAGCUAACAGCAGCAAUAUAGUCCAUGACUGAACAUAGCUACAUUUCCCGAAAAUGAAGACUGCAUUGCGGUGGUAAAUAUAUCCGUAACAUUUACAAUAAGUAGUGAAAACUCAGACUCGAUGCCAGAAGAGCUAUAAUUUAGCUAGAGCUUGAACCGCAGUUCCAUCAUCAUGGCAUCUUCACUGCGAAGCGAAGUCCGCUCUGGCGAAGGGACUUUGGGAGCGCUGCCCGGGGCUCGGUCACAGCUUCGCUCGCACCUCCUACACGCCACAAACACCACAGGUUCCCCUGGGUCUCAAAUGGUGGAGUCUGUGGACGAUGCGGAGGGUUUGUAUGUCGCCGUGGAGCGAUGUCCUCUCUGCAACACCGCCAGGCGCAGGCUGACGUGCGCCCGAUGCAUCCAUGCAGGCGAUUUUAUAUACUUCGACGGUAGAAACCCUGAACGAUACACUGACAAAUUGGAAAGACUUAAAAUGCUGAAGGUGGAGAAAGAACGUUUCCAACACAUGGUCAUUACAGCCAUGGACAAGAAAGUCCAGGCAGAUCAGCUGAAAUGGAAGAUCAUGUCAUGCAAGAUGAAAAUAGAGCAGCUGAAGGAGGCUAUUAGUUGUGGGAAUGAAGAGGUGAAAAGUGGUAAGGACCUGCUGCUUCGCUCCCAAGAGGAGAGCCAGAGGCUGCAGAGGCGGGCCAGCCGCCAUCAGGAGAAGAGGGACAAGAUAGAGAGACACAACCUGCGGCUGGGAGAGCUGCUGGAGAAGAGGGGCAAGGAGCUGCAGGGUCGUCUGGAGCACCUGGCUGAGGUCCGCAGAGGACACAUCCUGGAGCUCACCGCUCACAUCUUCCCCACACAGGAGGAGAAACAGGGUAGCAGGGACCCAGCAGACGUGUUGUCGGAGUGUGACUUGGCCCUGACCUCCAGCACAGUUAGUGAGUUGGCUGAGGCCCGCCGCACCACCUACCUGUCAGGGCGCUGGAUCUGGGAUGACCAGAAUGGAGAGACCUCCAUUAGCAUCACUGGACCCAGGGUCACGCUGCCUAGCAACGGGGACUGCUCCCCCUAUUACAGCUGGAUGGAGGAGAAGAGCACCAACGAGGGGCCCGAGCUGGACCACAUCAACCCAGCCCACACCAUCAGUGCAGCCCUCUGUUUUGCUACCCAGCUCAUCAACAUCCUCUCUCACAUCCUGGAUGUCAAUCUGCCCAAGAAGUUGUGUAACAGUGAGUUCUGUGGUGACAGCCUGAGCAGGUACAGGUUCACCCGGGCUGUCACCAAGCUCAACACCAACAUCCUUCACCUCUGCUUCUCACAGCAUGUUGAGAGUGAGCUGCUGCACCCUCACCACACCCUGAGGAACAUCAUGUUCCUUGUCUCUCCUGACAACAAAAACCUGGGCAGGACGGGUCCGUACGAGGUGACUGCUGACCUGGAGGACUCCAUGGAGUUUGUAGAGCCGGAGGCGGCCGGCCCGGCAGAGGAAAGCGGGGAUGAGAUGGUGACGGAUGAGGAGACAGACCUGGGGACAGACUGGGAAACGGUCCCCAGCCCGCGCUUCUGUGACAUCCCCUCCCAACCCAUGGACCUGUCCCAGAGCACGGCCAUGCAGGUGUCUCAGCCCGUGGGCCAGGCCGGGGGCAUGAUCUCCUCAGCAGCAGCAUCCGUCACCUCCUGGUUUCGGGCCUACACCGGCCAGCGCUGAGGAAGCCUGGGGACUCACUGGCCAGGGUCGUAUAUAUUAGAGCACACUAGAAAAACGUUUUGCAACGUAGAAUAAAAACAAGUGUUUUUUUUUAUUGAACAAGUUCAGGUAGUGUUUCAGUCCGUUUGGUGUCUAAUGAAUGCACCCCAGGACUGGCUGGAGCUAUGCAGCACUGCCACCGACCACCACACAGAGACUGUUCUGUUCUGGCCUAUGCCUGUAGUCCGCCUGCAGUCCUGGUCCACUACCACUAAGAAGGGAUAUUUGUUUUUACUAAAUUGCAUGACUGAAUCCCUGUGGGAGGAAGGGAAUGUAUCGCUCACUUUCUUAUGGAGGAGAAUGUUGUCAUUGACAACAGUGAUUUUUCUGGUCAAAAUGGUUAUAGUGCGAAAGACUGUCGCUUGGGACGGGUGUUAUAUUCAAAGAGUAGUCUCUCAUAACUCUCGGCCAUCUGCACACUCCAUCCCAGUUGUUGUGAGAAGACAAUUUAAAGAGAGACUGGAGCUUCUGUUGCUUUCCCAUGUACCCAUUCAUAUUGUCGGUUCUUUAUGUUUCUAUACUACAUCCCAAAUGGUACCCUAUGCCUUAUAUAGUGCACAACGUUUGACCAGAGCCCUAUGGGCCUUGGUCAAAAGCAGUGCACUACAUAGGGACUAGGCUGCCAUUUGGGACAGAACCUUCCUUCCUGCUGCAUUACAACAAAAUGGUUUGUGUAAGGAUUGUGGUUUGAAGACUGACAAAUGCCAAACAAGGGGCAUGAUCUUAGUUAUUCUCACUAAAUGAUGGCAUGGCACAUUCUGUGUUUUACUUCAAAUGCUGUUUACUUACCAGGUGUGUGUGUGUGUGUGGUGGUGGUGGGGGGACAAACUUGACUGCAGCAGUUCAAUGUUGGGGAGAGAGAUGAACUAGUGGCAUUUGUUUUCCUCAGAAGGGUAGAUUUAUACUAUUUAUAGUAACGUGGGUGCCUAAAACCUCAUUGGUGUGUUUUGUGGGUCUUUAUACAGGUGAUUCGAACAGUGACAUAGGUGGCUUAAAUGAUAGGAUAGGACACAAUACAGUUGUGGUCUGAAGUUCACAUACACCUUAGCCAAAUACAUUUAACCUCAGUUUUUCACAAUUCCUGACAUUUAAUCCUAGUAAAAAUUCCCUGUCUUAGGUCAGUUAGGAUCACCACUUUAUUUUAAGAAUGUGAAAUGUCUGAAUAAUAGUAGAGAGAAUGAUUCAUAUAUUUCAGCUUUUAUUUCUUUCAUCACAUCCCCAGUGGGUCAGAAGUGUACAUACACUCAAUUAGUAUUUGGUAGCAUUGCUUUUAAAUUGUUUAUUAACUUGGGUCAAACGUUUCAGGUAGCUUUCCACAAGCUUCGCACAAUAAGUUGGGAUAAUUUUGGAUCAUUCCUCCUGACCGAGCUAGUGUAACUGAGUCAGGUUUGUAGGCCUCCUUGCUCGCACAUGCUUUUUCAGUUCUGCCCACCAAUUUUCUAUAGGAUUGAGGUCAGGGCUUUGUGAUGGCCACUCCAAUACCUUGAUUUUGUUGUCCUUUGGAAGUAUACUUGGGGUCAUUGUCCAUUUGGAAGACUCAUUUGUGACCAAGCUUUAACUUCCUGACUGAUGUCUUGAGAUGUUGCUUUAAAAUAUCCACAUAAUUUUCUUUCCUCAUGAUGCCAUCUAUUUUGUGAUGUGGACCAGUCCCUCCUGCAGAAAAUCACCCCACAACAUGAUGCUGCCACCCCCGUGCUUCACGGUUGGGAUGGUGUUCUUCGGCUUGCAAGCCUCCCCCUUUUUCCUCCAAACAUAACGAUGGUCAUUAUGGCCCAACAGUUCUAUUUUUUUGUUUCAUCAGACCAGAGGACAUUUCUCCAAAAAGUACGGUCUUUGUCCCCAUGUGCAGUUACAAACCGUAGUCUGGCUUUUUUUUAUGGAGGUUUUGGAGAAGUGGCUUCUCCUUGCUGAGCGGCCUUUCAGGUUAUGUCGAUAUAUGACUCGUUUUACUGUGGAAAUAGAUACUUAUGUACCUGUUUCCUCCAGCAUCUUCACACGGUCCUUUGCUGUUCUGGGAUUGAUUUGCACUUUUUGCACCAAAGUACGCUCAUCUCUAGGAGACAGAACGCGUCUCCUUCCUGAGCAGUAUGACGGCUGUGUGGUCCCAUGGUGUUUAUACUUGCGUACUAUUGUUUGUACAGAUGAACGUGGUACCUUCAGGCGUUUGGAAAUUGCUCCCAAGGAUGAACCAGACUUGUGGAGGUCUACAUUUCUUUUUCUGAGGUCUUGGCUGAUUUCUUUUUGAUUUUUCCCAUGAUGUCAUGCCUUGAAAUACAUCCACAGGUACACCUCCAAUUGACUCAGGCUAAUUAACAUCAUAUAUCAGAAGCUUCUAAAGCUAUGACAUAAUUUUCUGGAAUGUUCCAAGUUGUUUAAAGGCACAGUCAACUUAGUGUAUGUAAACUUCUGACCCACUGGAAUUGUGAUACAGUGAAUUAUAAGUGAAAAAAUCUGUCUGAACAAUUGUUGGAAAAAUGACUUGUGUCAUGCACAAAGGAGAUGUCCUAACCGACUUGCCAAAACUAUAGUUUGUUCACAAGAAUUUGUGGAGUGGUUGGAAAACUAUUUUUAUUGACUCUAACCUAAGUGUAUGUAAACUCCCGACUUCAAUUGUACAUCUUUGGCUUACUUCAUAAGAUGUUAGUUUAUUUUUCUUAUUCGGGGCUUGUAGAACUUAAUUUUGAAAUUACUGCUAAUGCAGUUUAAGCAUUUACCACUGUCACAAUAAGCAAUAUUUCACAUGACAAAAAUUAAGACCCCUGUAAUGACCUUUAUAACUUGUACCUGCUAGUGACAAAAUAGGUUGUGUUUAAAAUAAAAAAAAAUAAAAAAGGAUUAAUA